AUGGCACAGAUACUAAUAAUGCUUUUUGAAAAGAAGGCCAACACUGAAGUCAUGCAGAAGUUGUUUGUUACGAGGAAAACGACGUGCAUUCAUUAUCCUGAGAAAUUCUGUGACAUGAAUUCACUGGCGAUGUUUUCGUUGCACAUGACGUCGCUGAAAGGGACCCAGUUUCGCGUUCCACAUGCCGACAUGUUUCUUGGCUUGCUUAAUUUUAAAAUGAGAUCUAGUGCCGGGUUGCUGGCUUCCCAACUCACUUGCCAGAGUUCACCUGGACCACCUCCUUCGGCACCCACAAUCCCCCAAACAACCUCCCCUCCUCGAAUCGUGUCAGCACCCCCACCUCCCGAACCUCAACCUGAAGAAGAAGGGGUGAAAUUAAGACGAGCUCAUACAGUGGCUGUUCGAGAUUAUUUGAAAAGAGAGACACAGACAUUUUUUGGUGUUCAAAGAGAUAAUGAGAGAGAACAGAGAAGGCUAUGGUAUGAAAGGAGGAGGAGACAUGCAGCGAGAGCACUUGGAGAUCUCAGGCUGGACCUACCCCCAGAUCAUCAUCCUGAUCAUGACGAUAUUAGUAUGUAUGGAGCAUCUGGUGCAGCGCCAAGGGAGGCCCGGGGGCAUCGCGAGCGACCCGACGUACUGCCAGCGCCGGCGUCGCUCGAUAAUACACAACCACCUCCCCGCCUCGGCAAGGACAGCGUGGCUCGACUUACUCUCACAGGACUAUCAUACGUCGUUACUGCGGUGACGCGUCGUUCUCGCCAAUCGACUUCUGUGCAAUGGUCCCGAUCUUUUCGUGGCAGUGCCAGUAGUCCACACGAAGAAAUAGAAAUUGAUGACGUCUUCUUCGCCCCACAAGCGAUGUCGACACUCAGCCAGCAUCACGAAGACUUAGAUGCUGUGGACGGGAGUAAAGGGGCCAGGUCUCCUCUAAGGACGUCUUCUAGUGUUGAGUACAGAAGGCCCGAGAGGAAUGUUCAAUGGGGAACAGGCGGCAUUCGCAUACACGCACCCAUGCUGGAACCAUUGGCAGAUAACUCUAAUAGAAGGCAAUUUGGAAUGGGCAUUGUCGGUAGAUUCUUUAGGAGAUCAUUACGAAAAUCAGUGACGCAUCAAGAAGAUGUGGCUAGACAGUUGGAUGAAUUGACAGAUUACAGGCCUUACUUCACUUGGUGGGUCAGCACGGUACAAACAUUGGUGCUGUUGUUAUCAUUACUCUGUUAUGGCUUCGGACCAGUCGGUUUUGGAAGACACACGCAUUCAGGGCAAGUGCUGGUGAAGAGUUUAAGUUUACAACAGGUGGAAUGGGAGGAACCUGCGUCUUUCUGGCUGGGUCCUCGAGCAGCAGAUCUUAUACAUUUAGGAGCAAAGUUCGCACCAUGCAUGAGAAGAGAUGUGAGGAUAGCGCGCGCUAUAGCUGCAUCAGCUCGAAGGGAAAGAGACACGGCUUGCUGUAUAAGAAACGACGACUCUGGAUGCGUGCAGUCUUCUAAAGCAGAUUGUUCUAUUAGAGGAUUGGUGUCAAAGAAUACAAUAUCGACGUGGAAGAAAUGGUCAUCUGGCGAAUCAGGUCCUGGAGGUAGAAUAUCAGGAUCGGUAUGCGGUUUGGAUCCAAAAUUCUGCGAAGCGCCCCGUUCCAUCGCCCCACACGAAUGGCCGGACGAUAUAACGAAAUGGCCAAUAUGCAGGAAGUCAGUCAUUGAUGGGUCAGCUGCUGCAGGUCGUGCGGGUCACGCGGCGGAGCACAUGGCUUGUGAGGUCAUAGGUCAUCCGUGUUGUAUAGGAGUACACGGACAAUGCGUCAUCACUACGAGGGAGCAUUGCGAUUUUGUUAAAGGCUACUUCCAUGAAGAAGCUUCUUUGUGUUCACAAGUAUCAUGUUUGGACGACGUGUGUGGGAUGCUGCCAUUCAUGCGACGAAGACGUCCAGAUCAGUUAUAUAGAGCCUGGACUUCACUGUUCGUGCAUGCGGGACUAUUACACUUGGCGGCCUCGUUAGCACUCCAAUGGCUGUUCAUGAGAGAUUUGGAAAAGAUGGCUGGACCUGUCAGAAUGGCGGUCAUAUAUCUCGGCAGUGGUGUGGCAGGAAAUAUGGCUUCAGCUAUUUUUGAACCGUAUAGAGCAGAGGUUGGUCCGGCGGGCUCACAUUUUGGUCUACUCGCGUGUUUAAUAGUGGAAGUGAUAGGCGCGUGGCCGCUGUUAAGGCAUCCCCGUCGAGCUCUUCUCAAGCUUAUAGGACUUGCGUUAGCACUUUUCCUCCUCGGCCUUCUGCCUUGGAUAGACAACUUCGCCCAUGUGUUCGGUUUUGUCUUUGGUUUUUUGCUUUCAUACGCGCUGCUGCCCUUCAUAACAUUCGGACCGUACGAGAGACGGCGGAAAAUUGUAUUGGUGUGGGUGUGUAUGGUAUCAGCGGGUGCUAUGCUAUGUGCGCUAAUAGCGUUGUUCUACGCGGCCCCGGCAUAUGAGUGCGCGGUAUGUGCGUACUUCACGUGCCUGCCUUUCGCUCCGGAUAUGUGCGCGUCACAGGACGUCCGCGUGCGUCAGCUGGACGGGGUAUGA